CUACAUAGGGUUUACUGAGAUUCUAAAACCGACGUUUCAAAUUUGGGUCUUGUUUCUCAACGGAUCCGUCCAGAAGCAGGCAGCCCAAUCCUCAGGUCCAGCCUUGUCCCAUCGCCCUCUUCUGGCAUUGACGUUUACAGCAUAGGUGUAAUUUGAAGUUGAGAAUACUUUGCAGAAAAUCAUGGGAUGGUACCAGCGGUCCAAGUUUGGAUUCGGAACCUUCCGUAACCUCCUAUCGUUUACCGGUAGCAAAGGUCCAGUUGGGGAAUCGCUUUCCAGAAUCAAACACUAUUCCUCAUCGUUACCGAACCCGAUUAAGUCCAAAUUUUCUGAGUUCACUGUCUCCUCUCCAUUUGCUCGAAAUCUGGGUAACCGUUUUCAAUCGAUUAAGCAGCAAUAUAAACACAACAACAACCCCUUCAAUGGCGCAUCCAGAAGGUUAUACCAUGUUGAUCGGUAUCAAGUCCAUCAUUUCCAAACUCGAGGUCCGAAAAGAUGGUUCCAAAAUCCGAGGAUGGGUUUCAUUAUCGUGGUGGUUGGCACCGGCAUAGUAAUCACAGUCUAUUUUGGGAAUCUGGAAUCCGUGCCUUAUACGAAGCGAAGGCAUUUCGUUCUCCUGUCUAAGGAACUGGAGAGACAGUUGGGUGAGAGCCAAUUUGAACAGAUGAAGGGAUCAUUCAAGGGGAAAAUAUUGCCGGCGAUUCACCCAGACAGUGUUCGCAUUCGAUUGAUCGCUAAAGAUAUCAUAGAAGCGUUGGAGAGAGGUUUGAGUCAUGAACAGGUUUGGAGCGAUCUCAAAUACACAGGUGAUGUUCGUGGGAUUCAGGAGCCUGCAGCUGGAAAUGAUACCAUAGCCAUGUUGACUGAGAAUCCUGAGGAGGGAAAAUGGGGGAAGCAGGACGAAGUUCUUGAUGAUUCGUGGGUUCAAGAGAGCCGAAAGAAGGGGGGCGAGAGAGGGGCUCAGGCUGCCACGAAACAUUUGGAGGGACUAAAUUGGGAGAUACUGGUGGUGAAUGAACCUGUUGUGAAUGCUUUGUGUUUGCCUGGUGGCAAAAUUGUGGUGUUCACCGGUUUGCUUGAGCAUUUUAAAUCAGAUUCAGAGAUUGCAACAAUUAUUGGUCAUGAGGUAUCUCAUGCAGUCGCCCGACAUGCUGCAGAAGGGAUUACAAAGAAUCUCUGGUUUGCUAUCCUGCAGUUAAUUCUGUACCAGUUUGUCAUGCCUGAUGUUGUUAAUACCAUGUCUGCGCUCUUCCUGCGUCUACCUUUUUCACGAAGGAUGGAAAUGGAAGCAGAUUAUAUUGGGCUUCUGUUGAUGGCAUCAGCUGGAUAUGACCCUCGAGUGGCACCAACUGUUUACGAGAAGUUAGGAAAGGUGACUGGCGAAUCUUCGUUGAGAGAUUAUCUGUCCACUCAUCCUUCUGGUAAGAAGAGGGCACAGCUGCUAGUUCAAGCCCAGGUCAUGGAAGAAGCUCUCAACAUUUACAGGGAUGUGCUGUCCGGAAAGGGCAUAGAGGGUUUUCUAUAAUUGUUUUGUGAAUAUCAAUCAAUUCCUAUUUCUCAAUAAGAAACUGACCGCGCUUGUCCCAGAAAAUUUACAUUUGUCAACAAAACAGAAAAGUUACACAUACUUUGCAAUGAAAAUCUCAUAUUUUUUU